CAGCCUUGGAAGAAUCCAAUAACACCGAGAGGGUUAUUGUCGUCUACGUUGGAAAGCGUAGCAGCAUUUUACAAGUCCCCUUUUUACAAUUUAAGCCGACUCAUUUCCUCUGAAUAAUCACGCGAAUGAUUCGGAAAAAGUAAGCCGUGAUUUUCUUUCGCGGAGAUGCGUGAAGCUAAUCGUGGAAUCAUCCGCUGAUACUGUUGACAAGUUGAACGAGUGUGCUGCUGCUGCUGCUGCUGCCGUCCCUACAACUCACUCACAGAGAGCAGACAGCUGCUGUAUCGAGCAGAGGUUCUUGGGAGGAGAGCUCCAGUUCCAGUCAGCCCUCUCUAACAGCCUUAACCCUCACGUCCACACGCAUCCCGACUGAUUGCUCAGCUGACAUCAAAGGACUUGGAACCUGAGUGCAACUGAGGAUAUUCUUCUGACUCUCUUGCUGCUGGUUCAUUCAGGAAGGUUCCUCACAUCCAGAGUCACUUCAAAGAACAAAGACGAGGAAAAAAAUAAGGGUCGGCUCUCGCUCACUCGCUCCUUCUUUGCCUCCCGCUGGGCACAUCUCCUCCGGUCUGUCCUUAUAGGGGGAUGUCUGUCCUCUAACUGCCUCUCUCUCCACUAACUGCUAGCAUAUAAUUUUGGGUGCUGCCAUGGAAGAAUAUGACGUGCCGUCAGCCGCCAGUAUCCUGGCAUCAGUCAAAGAGCAGGAGGCGCGCUUCGAGCGCCUGACCAGGGCCCUUGAAGAGGAACGCCGCAAUGUCUCCUUACAGCUGGAACGCGGCAGUCUGCCCUCUGAUCGACUGGUGGGCGGCACCACAGGCGGGAACAACCAACCGCUGGCCUGGCAACAGAUGGUCAUGCAGGAGCAGAGUCCCAGUAACCAGACAUCACUGGCCAUGAUGCAAGAGCCCCAGGAGGUUGUGGAGGAGACUGUAACUAUAGAGGAAGACCCUGGAACACCCACCUCUCAUGUUUCUGUGGUUACCUCAGAGGAUGGGACUACGCGCCGCACAGAGACUAAGGACAAUGUGACUAAUUUGAAGGUGACCAAGGUGGUUAAAACCAUCACACGCCGAACCUUCCAGCCAGUGAUCCUGACAGAAUCCAAACCAUCUACUCCUGCACCUCCAUCUACACCAACACCAUCUGAAACUAAACCAGUCACUAAAAUGGUGAAGACAGUGACAACACGGACAGUUCGACAGGUGCCGCUGGGUCCAGAUGGCCUUCCUCUUCCAGAGGGCUCAUCUCCACUGGGAAGCUACACUGACUCCAUUGAUCGGCGCUACAUGAAAAACGGCGAACGCUUCAUCACACCCCAGGCCACUUCCACCCUCACACGCUCAUAUAACAAUUACAGCGACUCCUACAAUGACACUCCAGAAAGUCAGUUUCGCCAUUACGCCCUUCACGAUGGAUACGGAGACGUAGCCGACAACUACGGAAGUCUGUCUCGUGGGGUCAAUUACAGGCCCUAUCGCCCCUACAUGCCCACCGGUGGAUACCGGCCAGAGAACAGCUACACUCUCCCCAUUCGCAAGGACGACUAUGGCCAUGUGGCCCAGCCUCAAGUCCCAAUGGGAAGUAGCACUGUGGAUCUCAAUCGUUCUCAGCCUGAGCGCUUUCAACCCGAACCCUACGGACUGGAAGAUGACCGCCGCAGUCUAGGCCCAGAUGACGAAGAGACGUAUGACCUAGAGCCCGAUUAUUCCACAGCUAACCGCCGCACACUGCCCGGACGUACCAUUCGAGAGCCAUUGCGCAACGGCCCCCGUGUGAGAGGCUACGAGGACCCCAUUGAGGCUGAAUUAAUUGAUGAAAGACACCCCUACAUCCAUGGCAUGUACCCAGCACCUCUUGCCCAGCCUGAGAGAGGUAGCUUGGCCAGUCUAGAUCGCAUGGGCGGCCGUCGCUCCCCCUCGAUUGACAGCAUCCGCAAAGACCCUCGGUGGAGGGACCCUGACCUGCCUGAGGUCAUCGCCAUGCUAGGCCACCCCAUCGAUCCAGUCAAAUCCAAUGCAGCGGCCUACCUGCAGCAUCUCUGCUAUGAAAAUGACAAGAUAAAGAAGGAUGUCAGGCAGCUGAAGGGGAUCCCAGUGCUGGUGGGUUUGCUGGACCACCCUAAAGCUGAAGUCCAUCGCAAGGCCUGCGGAGCUUUGAGAAACAUCUCUUACGGCAAGGACCACGAUAACAAGGUGGCCAUCAAGAGCUGUGACGGGAUUCCUGCUCUCAUCCGUCUGCUGAGGAAAACCAAUGACAUGGAAGUUCGGGAGCUUAUCACAGGAACACUUUGGAAUUUGUCGUCCUAUGAGCCACUGAAGAUGGUGAUAAUUAACCACGGGCUUCAGACGAUGACUAACGAGGUUAUUAUCCCUCAUUCGGGCUGGGAACACGAGCCAAAUGAGGACUCAAAGCCACGAGAUGCAGAGUGGACCACCGUCUUCAAGAACACAUCAGGAUGUCUAAGGAAUGUGAGCUCAGACGGUGCAGAGGCGCGCAGACGGUUGAGAGAGUGUGAGGGGCUGGUAGAUGCCUUGCUGCAUGCUCUGCAGUCGGCUGUGGGAAAGAAGGACAUGGACAACAAAUCUGUGGAGAAUUGUGUUUGCAUCAUGAGGAACCUGUCUUACCACGUGCACAAGGAGGUUCCAGGGGCUGAGAAGUUCCAGGACCCCUCGGCUCUUCAGGGCCCUGGCUCUGCUGGCACUCAGAGGAAGAAGAAAGAUGACGCAGGCUGCUUCGGAGGAAAGAAGGCCAAAGAGGAAUGGUUUAAUCAAGGGAGGAAAAACGGAGAGCAUGACAAAAACUAUGACACGUUGGACCUACCCAAGCGCACAGAACCUACUAAAGGUUUUGAGUUACUGUAUCAGCCGGAGGUGGUCCGACUCUACCUGUCCCUGCUUACAGAAAGCCAGAACUACAACACGCUAGAAGCAGCAGCCGGGGCUCUACAGAACCUCAGCGCUGGACAGUGGACAUGGUCGAACUAUAUCCGGGCAACUGUGCGUAAGGAGAAAGGGCUGCCAAUUCUCGUCGAGCUCUUGCGCUCGGACUCAGACAAGGUGGUGCGAGCUGUGGCCAUCGCUCUGAGGAACCUGUCCAUCGACCGCCGCAACAAAGACCUGAUAGGGAGUUACGCCAUGAGGGACUUGGUCAGCAACUUGCCCAGCGGACAGCAGCGGCCAGCCAAGAACCUGGAGGAAGACACAGUAGUGGCCAUCCUCAACACCAUCCAUGAAAUCAUCACUGACAGCUCUGAGAAUGCCCGCUCUCUCAUUACCGCUCAGGCAAUCGACAAACUAGUUGCCAUCAACAGGACCAGCCAGUCAGCAAGGGAGACCAAAGCUGCUUCCCAUGUACUACAGACGGUUUGGAGCUAUAAGGAGCUGAGAAACACCCUCACCAAGGAUGGCUGGAAUAAAACACACUUCCAGCCGAUAGCAACUGGCACUCCCAAAGGAUCCAAGAGCUGCAAGCCUGGCUACGACGAUACUACACUUCCCUUGAUGGAGAAGAACCAAGGCAACAGAGGGUGUAGCGGUGGGGAUAUGAUACCUAUGGACGAACUCGGUCCAGAUGGCUAUUCGACGAUUGACCAGAGAGACAAAGACUCCAAGUACAAGAGCAGCGACGGUUCGUCGGAUCUGCAGGAGCGGGAGCCGUUAAAGAAUGACACAAAUAGGAAACACUAUAUCAGGAGCAACAGGCCAACUGUCAGUCUGGUGGAUGCUUGUGAUGUUAAACCUCAGCCUGUUGACUCCUGGGUCUAAAUGCAUGCAUGGCUUAGCUAGCAACAGCGCCACAUCUUACCACACAAGGAUUUCACAAGUCACCACUGCCAUUAACCGCAGAGCUCACCGUGAUGUGGACUCAUCUGAAGACUUUUGCCUAAAAGAGCGAAGAGAAAAAUGCAAACUUUCAUUCAACAGCCGAUACUUUGAGAUUCUCAACAAGUGAAAAGAAAAAAAAAAAAAAAAAAACUUCUCAUGUGUACAUUCCCACUGGACGUAGUGUACCCAGAACUGAGGAUUUGCUGUCAUGGAGAAGGAAUGAUGGAUUGAUUCGAGUGUACAGGAAGUGCUGUCAUGGACGUGGACGUGUGCUGGAAAGAAUUGGAUCGAGGGGUAAAAGGAAAUAAGAAAAAACUAUUUUUGUGUCAAAAACAAAAAAUAUAAUUUUUGCCUAUAUUAUUUUGUUGUAUGUUCCUGCCUGAUUACUGUUUGUUUUGUGGAUUUGUUUUCCCCGGAAGUGCAGUGAAUUGUGUUUUUUUUUGUUUUUUUUUUGUUUUUGUUUCGUUUCGUUUGUUUGGUUUUUUUUGGUAGCAUUUUAAUGAAAGUUUGGGUUUUUCUAAAGGAGUUGAGGACACUUGUGAAAGGAAGAAAAAGAAUGUUUUUUUUUGUUGUUGUUGAUGUUCAUUACAACGGUGUGGGGGCACAUACAAAGUCUGGGUGGGGGGUGGGUGGGGUCUAUAUUGAACUGCACGCUUUGGCAAUUUCUGUGUGCUGGCUUUAUAAAGCAACUUUAAAGACAUAUUAUCACUGUGUUUGUUUCUUCUAACUGAGUACUGUUGUUGAAAAGCAGGGAUUUACCCUGCACAGUGACAUCUGCUCAUAGCGGAGCCGAAAGAAGGAGAGCUGCUAUGCUUUCGGCCGGAUUUGGUCUGCUGAUCCCAUAUUCCCUUUGACAUGUCGAGCUGCAGAGGCAUGCUGGGUAACACUGGCACUUACCAGCUAUUGCUUUGGUUUAUUUAAUAAGGGGUAAUGAGAAAACAAAAAUCUAUUUGUUAAUAUGUAGAUUGUGGUAUGAGGGAUAGUAGGAGGAUUCACUCGCUCCUGUUGUCAUAAAAGUAGAUUUUAAAAGCAUUUUAUAUUUUUGUUGUUUUAUAAAUGUAUAUUAGGUUACAAAUAUUAAAAAAAAGAGGGCAAAAAGGUCACAAUCGUCUUUAUAACAUUGAUAGAUGUGAAUCCAUAACAGUUUGUUCAGAGCACAUUCAGUAUUCCGUACAUAAAGCAUGGCCAUGUUUGUAUAAAAAUGAUUAAUAAUAUAAUAAACAGAUCAUUGCUUUAGUUAAAUGUGUAUCAAAGGCUGUAGAGUCAUUGUCUAUUUAUAUUUUAUACUUUUUACAUCUUUUGUUAAAUGGAAGCAUUUAUUUUCAUUGUUCCUAAUUCAGUUGGAAAACAUGUUCAAAAUGAUCAGACUUUAAAGAAUUAAUUUCAGAAGGGGAAGCAGGGAUAGAUACUUCCUUCAUAAAAUACUUCAUAAAAGCCAAAACCUUCACGUCCAAAAUGCGUCUCUUAAGUAUGACAAAAAAAGCAUGACUAAUUUGUAAUGUUUUUAUUCAUUCAGUUUGUAUAUUAAAUUGUGAACACUCAAAUGUUCCCACUGUCAGUGUAAAGCCAUUCUGUGUCUCAUAUAAUUGACAUACUAAGUAGACCGACGAAUCUUUUUAUUCAGUUUCCUUGUAAUGUGAAAUAUGCAGCAAACACUCGCUUUAUCAUCUUAUUUCUGUCACGUGACUCUAUAUAUAACUCUCUAUAGCAAGGUUUUUUUUCCAUAGUGUUUUAACAGAGACUCCUAAUAACAGAAAAACAGUGUAAUGAUUAAAUUUUUAAACAGGAAAUGUUGUGUACGUUCACAUCGAGAUCUUUAGCCUUGUGUAGGUUCAUUAUUAAUAUUUGACUGUCUGUUCCUGACUGCCUUUUUGCAGAAAACAACCAAAGGAUUUUGGUACCGUGUAGUACAAGAGGUUCCCAGAGUGUGAAUUUGCAUCAGAUUGUAUAUUUAUAGGAAAAAAAUGAUGUUGAAACGGAUUCAAGAGAAACCUACCUUUGUAGAUAUCACUAAUUCAAAGCAUCAAAACUCAGUACGUGUACAACUUGGUAGCAAAUGUGUUUGUAACUAUCAUGUGCCUUAACCUUUUUCCAUGUUAGAUGAAAAUAAGUGUGUUUUAUAUGUUUUAUUGGUCCCUAACUGCUCUCUCUCUCUCUCUCUCUCUCUCUCUUCUCUCUCUGUCUCUGACACACACACACACACACACACACACACACUCCUCUCUCUCUGGCUCCUCCCACUUUCACUCAUUCUGUGUUCUCAAUAGUCUAGACUGGUGGUGGGUUUUGCCUUGUAUUACAUUGUAUUAUAAACUUUUAAAAGAUAGACACAUUAAAAGGGUUUGAUUAUAUAGUUGUUAAUGCUUUCCUAGCACUCAAGAACAAUGCCACAGUGACCGAAUGUAUUGUUAAUUUUACUAAUACCCAGAAGAGAGAAUUGCUCUUGUUAAAGAUAAAUACAGGUUUGUAGAGUAUCACUUUGGUGUGUUUUCAAUAAAUCAUGCCUGAAAAGAG